CUUCUUCCUCUUGUUCUGCAUCCGGAGGUGAAAGGGCGUAGGCUCCGGGGCGUUUUUUGCUGCCUGCUGGCCGUAUAGCGGAGACACCAGAAGGGAGGCCCCGGCCGAGUCGGGCUGAAGUACAGGCCGCCAACAUAACUGUCAGGAAGCAGGGGAGGGACUGACAGCCAGCUCGCCGCCUCACACACACAACGACCAGCAGCUGUGAGGUUCCAGACUCCAAGGCAUUGAAGCAGGAUACAUUUUCAGAGUCGCCUCGAGGAUCCAUCAGCCAUUCAUGUUCCGGAACAAGUAACCUGUAUUUACUAUUUGUCAAUUCCUUCAUGACUUUUGGAAAAAGAAAGAAAAACUAUUUUAUCAGGAUUAUUGAGCAAGUUUUAACAGUGUGAAGGGGCCAAUAUUUCCUGCAUCCACCAGGCUGUAGGCAUUGGUCUUAUUUGGGUAGAGAUGUAGGAUGUGCUCCUAUUAACAUCAUACGAUGCAGCCAUUCAUUAGAAAGAUGUUCCUGUAGUGCGCUCACCAUGCAGAGAGAGCACGUUGCUGGGAAGUAUAUCCGGACAUCUUAGCCCACUUGAAACAGGAGGUAGUCUUAGUCUUGGAUGCCCUGAACAACGUUUGUCGAUCUACUGGCUCUCUGUUGAUGCUGUAGACCAUCUUCAGCCUGAGAAGGUUUCCCUGCAGACUAUAAAAUAGUAUUAGGUUUUUUUUAUUUUGUUUUGUUUUUUGCCACCUAUCAUCAAAUUGACCAACAUGUCUACCUCCUCGCUACGCCGCCAGAUGAAAAACAUCGUCCACAACUACUCCGAAGCUGAAAUCAAAGUGAGAGAGGCUACAUCAAAUGAUCCUUGGGGCCCGUCCAGCUCUCUCAUGUCCGAGAUUGCAGAUCUCACCUACAAUGUGGUGGCAUUCUCCGAAAUCAUGAGUAUGAUUUGGAAGCGACUUAAUGACCAUGGGAAAAACUGGAGACAUGUCUAUAAAGCUAUGACUCUAAUGGAAUAUUUAAUCAAGACUGGCUCAGAGCGGGUAGCACAACAGUGCAAAGAAAACAUAUAUGCUAUUCAGACAUUGAAAGAUUUCCAGUAUGUGGAUAGAGAUGGGAAAGAUCAAGGGGUGAAUGUCCGAGAGAAGGCGAAACAGUUAGUGUCUCUACUGAAGGAUGACGAGCGGCUUAAGGAAGAACGAGCACAUGCCCUAAAGACUAAAGAGAAGCUAGCACAGACCUCUACAUCAUCUUCAGCAUCGUCAACGGUGAAUCCAGCAACAGAAGCCGAGCAGGCCUGGCCUCAGAGCAGUGGAGAGGAAGAACUUCAGCUCCAGCUAGCUCUGGCCAUGAGCAAGGAAGAAGCGGAGCAGGUAAGAGCAAAGCCCCCUCCUGUUGCUGUGUCCGAAGAGGAAUUGCAGCUUCAGCUUGCACUUAGCUUGAGCAAAGAGGAACACGACAAGGAGGAGAGGAUCAAGAGGGGAGAUGACCUCAGGCUCCAAAUGGCCAUUGAAGAAAGCAAGAAAGAAGCACCAUCUAAGCAGGAAGAGUCCUCCUUAAUGGACUUGGCAGAUGUCUUCAGCUCUCCAGCUCCUGCAGCCGCUGCCUCAGACCCGUGGGGACCUACAUCUGCUCCACCGUCAGAUCCAUGGGCCGGAGCAGUCACCACUUCUGCCGCGCCGGUGGUCUCUGACCCUUGGGGAGGCCCUCCAGUGGCUACAGGUGCAAGCACUGACCCAUGGGGAACUGGCAUCCAGGCAAACAGUGUUCCUAGUGAUCCCUGGUCAGGGACCCCAGCAAUUUCCUCUGUAGAGGCAAAGUCUGUCUCUGACCCGUGGAAUCCAGGUGGAGCUGCAGCUACUGGUGCUCCACAGAGCAAUGAUCCUUGGUCUUCAAGUCCAUCUAUGGCAGCUAAGCCAGCUGCAGACCCUUGGGCCCCAGCUGCAACAUUUUCCGAUCCAUGGGGAGGAUCUCCUUCUAGGCCAAGUACAAAUGGGACCAUGGCCAGUGCCACCUUUGACCAGUUCAUCAGUUCUGCAGAUAAGGAUGAGUUUUCGGAUUUUGACAACCUGAGGACUGCCCUUCCCCAGUCAGGAAGCAGCACAGGUGAGCUGGAUCUUCUUGCUGGGGAAGUCCCAAUGUCUCGUUCCCUUGGAUCAAGAAGCCCAGAUGCCUUUGACAUGGUAGCAAUGAGUGGGUCACUCUCUGAAAGCGGCAAGCCUACACGGAAAACACCCGAGUCUUUUCUGGGGCCUAAUGCCGCCCUAGUAGACUUGGACUCUCUUAUUUCAAAACCCACCCUACAAAACACAAAGACCUCGAAUCCCUUCCUUGUAACAGGAGUAGCCAGUUCAACCGCAACAAAUCCAUUCCAACCCAACCAACAGUCAUCUCUUACCUUGAACCAACUUCGUUCCAGCCCUGUGAUGUCAUUGGGACAGCAAAUUACACCAGCUGGACAAACUCCUGCAGCAAUUCCUUUUAGUUCUGUCCCACCAAUGGUGUCUGUGUCCCCCCUGGCACCGGGAAUUCCUAUAGCCAACGUGUCGCCAAUGGUUGGGAUGCAGCCUGGAGUGGGCGGCCUUCCGGUUGCCACAGUGCAUCCCGGUGUAUCUUCUAUGAGCCUGUCUGCAAUGAUGCCACCGCAGCAGUUAGUGACACAGCCACUAAUGCCCAACCUAUCCGCACAAGCUGUGACGAGUACCACCAACCCUUUCCUGUUAUAACGGCCUGUGUGAUCAUUGAGUUCAUAAUGGUGAUGACCGGGGGGUGAUGGGUCAAAAAUGGUAUCUCUAUGCUACUACCACAGAAUGUUCCUGUACCCUUCAUCAUUUGUGGCAACCCUAUGCUGGCAGUACACGUUAUCUCUGGUGUCUGCUUCCUCUUCACUGUGCCUCUGAAUACCAAGAAAUAGUAUUUUGCCCUCCUUGCAGUACAGGUAAAGGUGUUUUAGGUAGAAGACCAUAGAUUGAAUAUUAUUUUAUGCAGGUUGAUUGAUAAUCAGUAGUAUUACGCCAGAAGUUGCUGUCCGUGUUCUUUCAGUUUGUCCGCCCCUCAUCCUUCUUGCAUUAAUUAGCAGCACUUCACAGUAUGGAUCGUUUUGUUUGCUUCUGCCUAGUAGCAAUCCAAGGGUUAUUCAGUUGUGAGCUAAGUGAUAUUUGCUUUAAACAUCUAUUUUGUUCCAUUUAAAUAAGUGUUAUUUACCUACACUUUUUUACCUGCAUUUACAGCCCAAAACCUCACUGAACGUUGUUCCCUUACUCUUCCCUCGGAACGGUGUCUCGGUUGUCCCACAUGUAAAUACAGCAUCUUGCUCUAGGACCUCCUGUGUUACUGGACCACGAUAAAAUAUUGCCCUAUUUAGAAAUUUCUAUUCAUAAAACACUAAAAAAAAUAAUAAUAAAAAAAAAAACUAAGCUCUUUAAAUGCCAGAAGCGGUUGUUUGUUGUGAUGGGGAAUAUUGCCAUAAUCGCAGGACAUUUCCUAUUUAUUAGAAUGAAUUCAUGAAUGCUGAUUUAAGUGGAUUUUUAACCCUUGAGUUUAUUCCAAUUCUUUCCUAUUCCCAUUACAAAUCAAAUAUGUGAUAAUGAUCUGUUUGAUAACCACUUAAUAAACUGAUGGCUUUGCUUGGUGUGCUGUCCAUCUGGUUCAAUUCCGUAUGUAUUUCCAGAAGCGUUUUCUCUGCUCUAGAAGAGGAUACCGAUGCUCAGACUAAUCCGGGGAAAGCUAGAUUAUGCUUUUUCAUUUUAUUGUUUUAAAGUAAAUAAAUUUCUUGCAAAUGAA